AUGCCAGGUACAACUAACCCAACCACUGCGCCAGGUACAACUAACCCAACCACUGCGCCAGGUACAACCAAACCAACCACAGUGCCAGAUACAACAAAACCAACCACCGUGUCAGGUACAACUAAACCAACCACAGCGCCAGGUACAACCAAACCAACCACUGCGCCAGGUACAACUAAACCAACCACUGCGCCAGGUACAACUAAACCAACCACAGUGCCAGGUACAACUAACCCAACCACUGUGCCAGGUACAACUAAUCCAACCACGGUGCCAGGUACAACUAAACCAACCACAGUGCGAGGUACAACUAACCCAACCACUGUGCCAGAUACAACCAAACCAACCACGGUGCCAGGUACAACCAAACCAACCACAGUGCCAGGUACAACCAAACCAACCACAGCGCCAGAUACAACUAAACCAACCGCAGCGCCAGAUACAACUAACCCAACCACAGUGCAAGGUACAACACAAACUACAACAAUGUCAGCGUCUACAUCAGUUGCACAGUCUACACCAAAGACACAGUAUACACCAAUGGCACAGUCUACACCAAUACUACAGUCUAAACCAAUGGGGCAGUCUACACAUAAGGCACAUUCUACACCAGUGACAAAAUCUACACCAAUUGCACAGUCUGCACCAAUGGCACAGUCUACACCAAUGACAGAGUCUAGACCAAUGGCACAGUCUACGCCAAUGGCACAGUCUACGCCAAUGGUACAGACGACACCAAUGACAGCUGCAGAGUCUACACCAAUGGCGCAGUCUACACCGAUGGCACAGUCUACAGCCAUGGUCAAGACAGCACAAACUACAACAUUGUCCACCUCUACAUCAAUGUUAGCGUCUACGGCAAUGGACGAGGCAACUCAAACUACAACCAUGGCAGAGUCUACAACUAUUGCCACUACGACUCAGCCUACAAACGCUGCCACUACGACCCAGCCUACAACCACUGCCACGACAACUCAGCCUACAACCACGGCCACGACAACUCAGCCUACAACCACUGCCACGACAACUCAGCCUACACCCACUGCCACGACAACUCAGCCUACAACCACUGCCACGACAACUCAGCCUACAACCACUGCCACGACAACUCAGCCUACAACCACUGCCACGACAACUCAGCCUACAACCACUGCCACCACAACUCAGCCUACAACCACUGUCACGACAACUCAGCCUACAACCACGACCACGACAACUCAGCCUACAACCACUGCCAUGACAACCCAGCCUAUAACCACGGCCACGACAAUCUACAACCACUGUCACGACAACUCAGCCUACAACCACUGCCAUGACAACUCAGCCUAUAACCACGGCCACGACAACUCAGCUUACAACCACGACAACUCAGCCUACAACCACGGCCACGACAACUCAGCCUACAACCACGGCCACGACAACUCAGUCUACAACCACUGUCACGACAACUCAGCCAAUAACCACUGUCACCACAACUCAGCCUACAACCACUGCCACGACAACUCAGCCUACAACCACUGCCAUGACAACUCAGCCUAUAACCACGGCCACGACAACUCAGCCUACAACCACUGUCACGACAACUCAGCCAAUAACCACUGCCACGACAACUCAGCCCACAACCACUGCCACUACAACUCAGCCUACAACCACGGCCACGACAUCUCAGCCUACAACCACUGCCACGACAACUCAGCCUACAACCACUGCCAUGACAACUCAGCCUACAAUCAUGGCCAUACAACGAGUUUUUCAAGCCACUUUUAA